AGGGCCUCACAACAAAACCAAGCUUCCCAAACACGACACUAGGACUUUUUAGAGAGAGAGAGAGAGAGAGAGAGAGAGAUUUUGAUAUAUCGAAGAAGAUCGUAGACUUUGCUGCAAAAGAACGAUUUUCACAAAUUUCUCUGUACCUUCUUUGUUUUGGAGAUGAUUGGAGAUAGUGAGAGCAUGGCUAGUCAGUUGCCAACUAAUUUUCGGCUGGUUAGAUGUGGUAGGUGCAAUCACGUUCUCCCGGAGUUUGCGAACAUUCCGGUGUAUCAGUGUGGAGGAUGUGGCACAAUUCUCCAAGCUAAAAAUCGCAAAAAUGACACCAAGGGCACAGGAUCACUCAUACAUGAAACAGAUGCUGCCCAGAAAUAUGAGUUACAGCAAGCAUCUGAAGACAGAGAAACUGGAAGCUUAAGACAAGAGGAAUCGCUUCCUUCCACGGAAGAACUGCCAUUGGAAGAAAACAGCGGGAGCGGUCAAAAUGAAAUUAAGGAUAGCAAUAGGGAGCAGUCUGGAGAUAUGAACUUUUCGAGUGAACUUUCUACAGAGCUCACUUGCCAUGGAAACGAAGAGUCAUCACCAGCAGCCAUGGCAGAAACAGACGUUGAGCAAGAUAUACAUUCUUUGGAACAAAACAAUGGAGGGGAUCAAAAUGAACAUGGAUAUUGCAAUGGAAAUCAGCCUGGAGGUGUUAAAUUUUCUGAUGGAGUUGUUUCAUCAACUGAGCUUAAUCAUCAUGAGAGUAAGGAGUCAUCACAGGUUGCUGAAGCUCAUAGUGAAGCGGAUGAAAAUAGGAAUUGUUUCGAACAAAACAAUGGAAGGAAUCAAAAUGAAUAUGGGUAUUGCAAUGGAAAGCAUCCUGGAGGUGAAAACUUUUCCGAUGAAGUUGUUUCAUCAACUGAGCUUAAUCAUCAUAAGACUGAGGAGUCAUCACCGGUUGCUGGAUGUCAUAGUGAAGUAGAUGAACAUAAGAAUUGUUUGGAACAAAAUAAUGGAAGGAAUCAAAGUGAAUUUGGAGAUUGCAAUGGGAAGCAUCCUGGAGGUGAAGACUUUUCGAAUGAAGUUGUUUCAUCAACUGAGCUUAACUGUCAUGAGAGUGUAGAUUCAUCACUGGUAGCUGGAGCUCGUAGUGAUGUGGAUGAAACUAAGAAUUGUUUGGAACAAAACAAUGGAAGGAAUCAAAGUGAAUUUGGAGAUUGCAAUGGGAAGCAUCCUGGAGAUGAUGACUUUUCUGAUGAAGUUGCUUCAGCAUCUGAGCUUAAUCAUCAUGAGGGUGAAGAUUCAUCAUGGCUAGCUGGAGUUCAUAGUGAAGUGGAUGAAAAUAGGAAUUGUUUGGAACAAAACAAUGGAAUGAAUCGAAAUGAAUAUGGGUAUUGCAAUGGGAAGCAUCCUGGAGGUGUAAACUUUCAUGGUGAAGUUGCUUCAUCAACUGAGCUUAUUUGUCAGGAAAUUGAAGAGUCAUCUCCAAUGGUCGGAAUAAAUACAAAAUGUGAUGAGAAUUGUAAGAGUCUGAUAGUUGGAAGCUCGGGUGUGGAAAACCUGCUGGCUGCUAGUCCGAGGGAUUCAAUCAUUGCUGCUCAGAGGCUGUCGAGUGAAAGCAUUUUGACUGAUAAUCUUAUGUCUCCUCACAGUAAACAGCUGGAGCAGUUUCAGAAAAGAGUACAUGAUGGUUUUGACCGUGUAACUUCUAUUGAUACAUUGGAAAAUACGGCACUAGCAAACCCUAGCUCCGAGUUCAGUGAUACGCUCAGAGAUAUGUGUAAAUCUCCAACAACCAGUAGCUAUUAUCCUUAUGAUGGCAGUGUCUCUUCCUUUGAUGAAACUGAUGAUCAAGUCCCCAUCCAGCAUCCACAACUAUCCAAAAGAAAAUUCAAGGAGGCAGAGUAUUUCAGUACCAAAGCAAUGCCCAGAAGGGAUCCAAAAAUGCAACAUCAAGCUUGGAAUCCCACAUCAAUUUCAUCAGAAAAGAAGCAUUAUGGCAUGAAAGAAAGCCAAUGGUGUCGAGAUGAAUUGCUGGAACCCUCAAGACAUGGCCAUCCAGUUAGGAGCAGGAUGAAAUUUGGGACGGAUGAACGUCAAUCUAGGGUGCCCUUCUAUUCAAGAGGUUCCCCAGUUGACUAUGAAAAUGGCAGCCCUUCUAAUUAUGGACAGAAUGAGUUCCAAUGCAGUACAAGCUAUCAUUUGCCUAACAAGCCCGAAAACCCAAAAGAGGAGAACAUCAAACUGCUAAAAAUUGUUUUUGAACUGCAAGAUCAGCUUAACAGAACACAUAUUUCAGAAGGGAAGGCUGUUGCAAGAUCUCCUGGAGUUGCCAGGAUGCAGAAUUCGAUUCCCUCAUGCUGUGAUCACGCAGCACCAGAGGUAGAAAUAUGCCAUGAUUUAAGAUGUGCUAGAUACCCCAGAAGAUGCAAUCAAGGAAAAAACUGGCAGACACGAAUACCUUUCUCGGCAGAGGCCACAGUCACCAGACACCAAGCCAAUCACUCCUGUAUACAUUGCUGUCCCCAAGAUUGGAAGUGUUCAGCCCCGUUGUCUACACACAUUUGCUGUAAAAAUACCCAGCAUACUUCCCACUCGAAUCAGCAAUUUUACGAUCUCUACCGCUCUAGUCCCUUGAGUCCCCGGUGUUAUGAAAGCUCCGAGUUUUCCUUACGGAGCUGUGCUGCAAAGUCUGGUGAUCACUGGCAUAAAAAUCAUGAGGUGAAGAAAUAUUCCAGGGAUCGGCGUCAAUUAGUGAAGAGAUACGUCCGUCCUGUAGCAGGUGGAGCCCCUUUCCUCGUCUGUUAUCGUUGCUCAGAGAUGCUGCAACUGCCUACAGAUUUCCUUCUCUUCAAAAGGAGAUCUCUUCAGCUGAGAUGCAGUGCUUGUUCGGUUAUAUUAAAGUUUUUGCUUCAAAAUGGGACUCAUAUAGUUCGAUACACUGAUUAUACUCCUGAUGCUAUUGCCCCUCCGCCCAGUGAGGUUGAUGAUUUCACCGAUGCCAACAAUGGAAGGAACUUCGCAUCGGUGCCUUAUGGCGGUAAUUGCCCACAUGCAGACCCUGUUUCAUAUUCUGAUGAUUAUGGACCGUCCUUCUGUAAAAGUUGCUCUACCGAAGGAGAGCCAUUCUCUGCCGUGCUCCCAUUCCACUCCCUCAAAAGGGAUUCAAACAACAGAAAGACGUCAUCUGGUAGUUCUUUUGACCCUAUGGAAGAGAGAAAAAAGCAGCCUAUCUUCAAUGAGUCUCGAAACAAAUACAGGAAUCAUGAGGUAACAGGGUCUCCAUCCAAGAUGUCCGAAGGGAAGAAAUUAUCCUCGGAAAUUGAGGAAUUGCCACCGAGAGGAGGCUCAUCACUUCAUAAGCUCAUGGGAUAUUCUUCUCCAAAUGCAGUGAUGGAUAUCUAGCAAGCUCAUAUGUGAUGUGGAUUCAUAAAUGUCGAUUUCGGAGAUGAUGUUGACUCGUGUGUAUGUAAUGCAGAAUGUUUUUGGAUGUUGAAUCAUUCUCUCCUGCCAUCAACUGCCCAAAGGGUUGUUUCAGUCCUCAAUUCAAUCUGUCUGGUAGAAUUUUCCGUAUCAUCUUAUCUGAUUUGUAGGAUUAUUUGAAUGGAGACUAUGCAGCAGGAAGACAGAAGCAUAGAUGCGGAUAUAAUUGACUAACGGUUGAAAAUGUGAAAUUUCAGAAAUUUGAUCAGAGUUUGAUAGCAAGUUCCGGUUCUUUGUUCUUCACAUUGUGUACAGGUAAAAUUAAGUUAGAACUUCGUAGCUUUCAGAGUACAGAUUUGUAGAGAUAUUUCAACAUUUAGUAGUCCCAUAUGAUUUGUUCAUUUGUGUGAUCAUAAUCACCUGUAUGUACUGAACUGUAAUAACUGUUUUGGGUAUUGUAAUAUAAUGUUUGUUUCAAUGGAA